CGCUUCUCUUAUUUUCCGGUUUCCUCCUUUCCCUCACGCCUCACCAAAAGGGAAUAUCCAUAGCAAUUACAGCAUUCAAAUCCCUCAAAAACCCAAAAAUCCUUAAAACAAAACAAACGCUGCAGCCAUUGUCAACAGCAAUGGAUUUCUCCUCUUAUGACUACCACAAGUACCAACAACAACCGCAAUCUCAACAACAACAACAACAACAGCAGCAGCAGCAAGAAGAAGCUUACGAUUCAUCUCAAAAUCAACCAACCUAUGAUUACUCAUCCUACUAUUCCUACGCUCACCAAUAUGACCAAAGCUACCCUUAUUACCCUUCUACCCAUCAAUACACCAACACCAAUUCUUAUACCCAACAAUCCCAAUCCCAAUCACAAUACCAGCCAGCGGAAGAACCCACAAGUUCCAUUCACCCUCCAGGGGUCCCAGUGCCGUCCCAGCAGCAAACCCAUUUGCAGAGCCAGCAGAAUGCGUAUUACCCACAACAAGGGGCUGUGGAGAAUCAGCAGCAAGUGAAUCCGGCUACUGCCCGGGCGGCGGUGGCGAGGCUGUCGCAGCUUACGCAGUUCGCCGGCAAUGUGCAACCUACGAUUGGGCAUUCUCCAUAUAGAGGUAGAGGUAGAAGGGGAGGUAGGCCCUUCAGAGGGGGUGGUCGGGGCCAUGUUGGCGCAAGACCAGAUGGCUCAGCACCCCCUUUUCGUGGCAGGGGACGUGGCCAGGGUGGUGGUAGGCACUUCUCACAACAUGGUGCUGCAAUCACUACAACUACAGCAUCUGCACCAGCUGAAGGUGAAGCUGUUUUAGUGCAGCCACCUUCAGCAUUGGUGUCUGGGCAGGCACCAUUACCUGUACCAGGACAAGUGCCUGCUGCUCCAUUCUUGCCACCUCCCCGUAUGGCAUGGUGUGAACUUUGUAGGGUUGACUGCAAUACUCCGGAAAUCCUUGAGCAGCAUAAGAAUGGAAAGCGACAUAAAAAGAAUUUGCAAAAACAUGAGGAGUUGCAGGGACUCAACAAAGUCAUUACUGGACAGCAGAAUGUGCAAAUGCCAAAUUCUGAAUUGAAACCUGAAGUUGUUCAGUCUGAAAAGGUUGAGGAAUUUCAGGAAAAACAACCCCCUCCUGAAAAUCUAACCUCUGAAGCUGUUGUUACUGAUGACAAUAGAAAUGAAACAGAGCAGCAGAAAGAUACAGUAGGGAAUUCUGAAGUCUUAGCCGAACCUCAGAAGAAGCACCAGGAACAAUUUGCAGCUCAAGGGCGUGGUUUGAAGCGAAACAUGAGAGGAGGCCGAGGUGGUAAGUAUAUGAGAACUUAUGAAGGAGCAAGAAGGCCAGUUAAGCCCUCCAAAUCAAAACAGGUGAUUCCUUUAAUGUGUGAGUUGUGCAAUGUCAAGUGUGACUCACAGGUUGUUUUUGAAAGUCAUUUGACUGGUAAAAAGCACCUUGCAAACCUUAAGAGGUUUCAUGGCCACCGUGCUUUGUACGGAGAAAUAGGUCUUCAAGCACUUUAUCCACCUAACCUUAAUGCUCCAUCAGCGCAUGAACAAGCAGGGCAUCAAGCAGUCUACCCUCUCAACUUCAAUGCUCCAUCGACUUCCGGAACCCCUCAAGUCCAACAGCAAGGUGUUAAUGACCCCCAGGUCCUUUUGGCUCAGCUGUUGAUGACUUACGUGCUCUCUCAAGCCCAACUACAACCAGCAGCAGCCACGCUGGAGCCACUGCCAUUAUCCGCACAACUGGCAUCGGGAUCAAGUCUUGAAAAUCAUUAUCAUUCAGGCUUGGGGACUCAACGCUCGGGGCAUAUACCUGAAGCUCAGAUUCAAAAUACUGAUAUGAUCGAAGCCAAAGUUCAGCCGCAGCCUGUCCGCACAGAGUCUGAAGCCCCAGCCUCUUUGAGCACCAACACUAAAAGUGAGAAUGUAGAGUCAGAUAUCUCCGUCAUGGCACCCCCGGAAUAAUCCAGGCAUGGUGGCUUAGCAAGCUGAUGGUGCAGUUGCCGCCUCAGAUUAAGUUGUUUUGUAGGAGCCAGUGUCCAAAAACAGAAAAGGCCAACCGGUGCUAUAUUACCUUUUGGGUGGCAGUAGUGUGAAAUUGCUUGUGUUUAAAUUGAACCUACCUGAUUGUUUUGAACACCGGGCUUGUUAUUUUGAGACAUCUAGUAUAUUGUUGAUUACCGUCUUUCA